ACGUAGUCCGUAUCCGUACCAUACCGUACGUACUUGCGUAAGUACGUAAAUAAAUGAGGACGAGUGACAACAACAUGCAACAUGGCUCACUUCAGUGAAAACCAGAAUCCUGCUCAAAGAGAAAGAUGGAUUUGUAUCUACCCAGCGUAUAUCAACAGCAAAAAGACUCUACCAGAAGGAAGGAAAAUUCCUAAGAGCAAAGCCAUUGACAACCCCACAGCCAACGAAAUCAAAGAUAUAUGCAGUGCUGCUGGCUUACAAGUUGCCUUGGAGGCAGGGAAAUGUUACCCCCGAGACCUUAACAGAGAUCCACUAUACCGGGGAAGGGUCAGAGUUCAACUCAAGAAUGAAGACAACACACCCUUCAAAGAAGAAUUUCCAAGCAGAAAAGCACUGCUGUUAUACGUCAGUGAGAUGAUCCCCAAACUGAAGACAAGACAACAGAAGCAAGGAGGCGGGGGUGAAUCCUCAGCAGCUGCUGGCCAAGACAAAGGAAAGAAAAAGAAGAACAAGAAGAGAUGACAUUGUUACAACUCAUAUAUCAGGUUUCUUUCUUUUUUCUGGUUUUAUUUUAUUAAAACUUUUUUCUGAUAAAUGAAAUUGUUGGUUCAAGUAAGUGGAUUUCAACUAGUAACUAUCAAGUAAUCAUGCAUGGGAUCUUCAGCACACAACUGUAUGAGCAGAGGGCUAUAAUAUGUGUACACAUACAUGUAUAAAAGUGUUGCUUCAAAUUGUUGUUGCAUCAUGAAAAUGACAUUUGAUAAAAUGUCUAGUCUGAGAUGUAUCAAUUAGCACCUGCAUGUACAGAAGGUGAACCCUAUGGUCCAACAUUGGACAUUUUAAACCCAUUUAGAUUGGUCCAAGUGAAAAAUAAAGUGCUCUCUCAAAGUUUGUACAGUGUACUAGAGAACAUUCUAAAUUAUUCAAGGAAUUUUACAUUUUGGACAAUAUGACAUACAUGUAGUUGCAUUUUGUCUGAGCAUGUCUGUGUCUAAUACCUUCCUCUGCAGGCAUACUUCACACAGUUUUUAACUUAGCCAUGAACUCUGAGAACACAUCCACAUUGCCUAGGAUAACUUUCAUAGGGAUAGGACAUAAAGGCUGCCAUCAUAGAAAAUGUUGCAACUAGGAAGCCUACAUGUACUUUAUAACAAGAACACAGUUCUCUGAUGGAUCAUUUUAGGCACAAUUUUUUUGUCUGAAAGAGGAUCGGAAAUAAACUUGUGCUCUUGUAGGUUGGUUAGUAAUCAGAAUUAAAGUUACAUUGUACUUAUAUGGACUUUCACAGUUGAGUAGCAUUGCCCACAAUGUGAAAUUGGUGUAUCAAAACAAAGCAAGUUAAUAGCUUCGUGGAUACUUUAAAAACACCCACCCUAAAUCCAACAUUGCAAAAAAAAGGGGAUUUAUCUUAUUAAAAUACAUGUGGGAUAUAACCUGAGAA